CUAAAAUUACGAAAAUAUCCUCAUAGAUUCGCCACUUUCACUCCAUCCCUAAAAGAAGCAGCUGCCUAUUCUCUCUCUUCGACUCUCGCGCAAAACCCUGCUACCUACCAGUCUUCGUCUCUGCCCUAACGCUACCUGCGUCCUCUAUUUUUUAAGCGAAAGAGUUGCUUAUAUACUUUGCAUAUACCAGUACUUGCAUCAGUCGGUGGAUCUUAAGUCAUUAAGCAAAAUGUCUCGAAAGGGUUUGAUGGAGCAGGACUUGAAAAAACUGGAUGUGACGAAGUUGCAUCCACUUUCGCCUGAGGUUAUAUCUCGUCAGGCCACUAUAAAUAUUGGCACCAUUGGUCAUGUGGCACAUGGCAAGUCAACUGUUGUAAAAGCGAUAUCCGGUGUCCAGACUGUUCGUUUUAAAAAUGAGCUGGAGCGUAACAUUACCAUCAAGCUUGGAUAUGCAAAUGCAAAGAUCUAUAAGUGUGAAGAUGAACGUUGUCCUCGACCUAUGUGCUACAAGGCUUAUGGAAGUGGAAAGGAAGAUAAUCCUCAGUGUGAUGUGCCAGGGUUUGAAAACUGCAGGAUGAAAUUGCUGAGACAUGUGUCUUUUGUGGACUGUCCGGGUCAUGAUAUUCUCAUGGCUACAAUGCUUAACGGAGCGGCAAUUAUGGAUGGAGCAUUACUUCUAAUAGCUGCGAAUGAAAGCUGCCCACAACCGCAAACUUCUGAACAUCUGGCUGCUGUUGAAAUCAUGCGCCUUCAACAUAUUAUUAUCCUUCAAAAUAAAGUUGAUCUUAUUCAGGAAAAUGUGGCAAUAAACCAGCACGAAGCAAUUCAAGCUUUCAUUCAGGGGACUGUUGCUGAUGGUGCACCAGUGGUUCCAAUUUCGGCACAGCUAAAGUAUAAUAUUGAUGUUGUGUGCGAGUACAUUGUGAAAAAGAUCCCUAUUCCGGAGAGGAACUUUGUCUCUCCACCGAAUAUGAUUGUUAUCAGGUCCUUUGAUGUUAAUAAGCCUGGAUUUGAGGUUGACGAUAUAAAAGGUGGUGUAGCUGGUGGAAGCAUCCUUCGGGGUGUUUUGAAGGUUAAUCAAUUUAUUGAGGUUCGUCCGGGAAUAGUUCUUAAAGAUGAAAGUGGGAACAUAAAAUGCACACCAAUAUAUUCUAGAAUUGUUUCUUUGUAUGCUGAGCAAAAUGAGCUACAAUUUGCUGUGCCUGGAGGUCUUAUAGGGGUUGGCACUACCAUGGACCCAACUUUGACCCGUGCUGAUAGGUUGGUAGGUCAGGUUCUUGGGGAAGUGGGUUCACUCCCAGAAGUCUAUGUUGAGCUUGAGGUGAACUUCUUCUUGUUGCGACGUCUUCUUGGUGUCAAGACAAAGGGCACGGAAAGGCAGGGGAAGGUCUCGAAGCUUGCAAAAGGAGAGAUCCUAAUGUUAAACAUUGGAUCCAUGUCUACCGGUGCUCGAGUUCUUGCUGUGAAGAAUGAUUUGGCGAAGCUGCAACUUACGUCGCCAGUUUGCACCAGCAAAGGAGAGAAGAUUGCACUCAGUCGAAGAGUAGAGAAGCACUGGCGUCUUAUUGGGUGGGGCCAGAUUCAAGCUGGAACCACCCUUGAAGUUCCACCAUGCCCAUUGUGAUCACUGAGAAGAGAGAGAGCAGUCAAGAGUAAGAAAGGAUUAGAUAGAGAUGUGGGAGGGAAGACAAUUUCUUGGUACAAUUUUUGUGAGGUGGAGAAGAAGACAUUUUGAUUGGAUGGUUGUCACUGUUCGCCUUGUUUCUUUAAUUUCAUAGUAUCCGGUCUGUCUUGAGUAUUGGACUUCCAUCCAAGGAAGGUUUUAUCGGAAUUGAUAGAAGGGUGAUGUCUGGUAGCAGUUCAUGAAACUGUUCUGAUUAUCACUUUUUUUUCCCCAAAUAUGCGAGAGCGGCAGGCCGCAGCAGCAAUUAACCCAGGGAACCACCUGUGAAUGAGAAACAGAAGACCUCUUAUCUCUGUUUUAA